AUCGUUUCUUAUAUACAACAUCACCGUUUUAAUAAAUUCCAUAUAUUAUUAAGUAUGUAUGUAUACUCGAGAAAAUAAUCAUUUGUCACAAUGACACUUUUUAAUUGAUAACCUUUACCUUUUAAUUUUAAAAAUGCCAAAAAAAGUGAAAAAAGAAGUAAUAAUUGAACCGCCAUUACCCGAAACUCCACCAGAACCAAAACCAUUAACAGAAGAUGCUUUAUAUUUUUGGACCGAUAUUCCAGAACGAUUAUCAACAACAGUACCACCCCCAACACCAACAGGAGUCGAUAACGUACUUAUCCUUCCAUUUCCAAUCCCAGAAACAUUUCCAAGUUUAGAUGCUUUGGAUGUACCCUUUGUACGAGAAAUUGGAAUUAAAGCCUCAAUUGAUUUGUUAGGCCAACAUUUAGGUUUAACAAAUUACACUUUCGAUUACAUUCAAUUUUGGUUGUUGGACGUUCUCGUUGAUUGCUUAUGGCGAACUCAAGACGAAUACUUUUUCACGAAACCGGAUCAAAAAUUGGUUCUGGAAUGGAUGUUGUAUAUGUUUAGGGUAAUGAGAGAUCCAACGAUAUCGUUUUCGAGGAAGCAACUUUUAAAAUUGUUUAAAGAAGCUAUUUUAAUGACGGGACAAUUAAUACAAGAGGGACACAAAGUUAUACCAAAACCUGAUGAUUUAUUCGAAUUGGUUUUUCAAAAUAAUCCCCAGCGUGAUGAUGAAGAUGAAAUUCUCGACGAUGAAACAUCCAAUUCAAGCGCUGAAGAGGAAAGCUCUGAUUCUGAGUCAACGUUUACAAUCAGCAAAACAAAUUCUGAGCAUGUAAUUUUAAUGGAUAUCGGUGGGCAACAAAGAAAAUAUAUUUUAAAACGAAGAGUAUGUUCGUGUGAACAAGGAUCAACUCCCACUUUUGGAACGACUCUUACAAAGGAUAUAACUAAGUCUACAGAAGUUAGUUUAGUAUACGAUUCUUAUACAGACGAAGAAGAAGGGCUGGAAGGAGAAUAUAUGUCUGAAGUGAAAGAAGAAACCAUUGAAACCUUCAAUGAACCAUUUCAAAAUAAAGAUUAUAAAAUGUUUCAUGUAGUAGACCAAAAGCUUCCUUCCAGAUUUUUACCGCUACCUGAUGAUGAUCAGACAGAGGAAACUUCACAGCAAAGUUAUAGUAAUCCACCGGAUUACGAACCACCAUGUCAAAUUGUUGGAGAUGUGAUUCUUUUAGAUAAUAACACGGCAAGCUCAUCUUCAACUCAAACCACAUCGUCACAAGAAACCGUUAAAGUAGAUUCACAAAUCAAUGAUAAAUCGCAGUCCACAACGGAGCAAAGUGUAAUGCGUACUAUGACAUUUGACGAAAAAAUGAAACUUUGGCGUCAAUUUAAACAACGCGAACAAGAAUUGAAAGAUAUGGAUGACUCUAAUGUUGGUGUAGUUACUACUCAUCAUCAUCAUCAUGCUCAUUUAGAACCUUAUGGUCACCCACACCGCGAUAAACCAAAACCUUUGGGAAGCGCUCUUAAAGACCACACUCAAACUAUGCUUCGACAAAUGUUAGCCGAUAUGAAAAACGACGAUGAAAAAGAUGACCAAGAAUCUUGCGGAUUGGACUUUGAACAUAAAACGAAAAAUUUAUCGAUACUUUGUGCUAUAAUUGAUUUUGUUUUUGAUUAUUUUUAUCAAAAUUUUCAUUUCAUCCUUUUAAAGUUGGCCUUAAAAACGAAUCCAAGUAUAAUAACUCAAAAAGUAAACCCAGAAUGGCUCGUUCCCAAAUUUAAUCUCGUUGAACUUGUUAAACCAAAACCAACCCCAGUGAAAAAAGAAAAAAAAUCUAAAGAAAAGAAAAGUAAAAAGGAUAAAAAGUCGAGCAAAAAGGGCAAAGAUAAGAAGAAAGAUAAAAAAAGCGAUAAGAAAAAAGGCAAAGAGAAAAAAGAGAAACCAAAAAAACCCACGAAGGAAGAAUUGAAAGCAAUGAAAGCUGAACAACUACGACAACAAUUAUUACAAGAACAACUCGAAGAAGAAAUGAGGAAAGCGGAGGAAAAUAGAAGAUGUAUGUUUCCUCUUGCAGAUGCUGCAACCGAUGAACUCUAUAUGGGGUUAUUUGAAAAUUGGCAGAAACCUAAAGAGGGAAAACAAAAAAAAGAUAAAAAGAAGAAAUAAAUACAUAUUACAUUUUAGCCACAUAUUAUAGAAAAUCCCAUUCAUUACAUUUUCUAUUGCAGAUAUCUAUUUUUAAUGCUCUCUUUAUUAUUCAAAAAUAAUUCAGAAAAUCUUUAUUUUAGCUUUUAAUAAAUAGAUGUCGCGAUUUAAAAGCUCUAAUUCAAAUUGAUUUGAAACAGAUUUUUGGCUACAUCGCAACUUCAUACGCUAUUUUUGAGUCGGUAUUUUUGACUUUUGAUAACUUUUGCUUACGAAAAUAGCGCGUCUUUGACCGAAUUAGAAGACGCCGACACGUCAUCGUUGUAACAUCAUUUAUAAAACCACGAAAACAAAAUCAAUAACAUCCCA